AUGUCCAUACAUUUUAAUGAAGGGCCCAUCUCAUUUCCCUUAAAAAGACGAGGGAAAUAUUUUUCCAUAAUACUGGGCAGAACAAGCAACAAGAUUGAUAGAAAAAUGCAAAACAUAGCGAAAAUGAUAACAGAGCAACUAAGAAAUCCCAGUGAGUUAGAUAUCAGCUUAAGGAUGGAAUUUGGGCCAUUUGAAACAGUUCAUAAAUGGAAAAGAAUGUCUGAGUGUUAUGAAUUUGUAGGGGCGAGGCGAAGUAAGCACACAGCAGUGGCAUAUAAAGAUGCAAUAUAUGUAUUUGGUGGUGACAAUGGGAAGUCCAUGUUGAAUGAUCUGAUAAGAUUUGAUAUAAGAGAGAAAUCAUGGACUAAAACAGGAGGUAUGGGGACGCCACCAGCACCGAGAUAUCACCACUCAGCCGUAGUUCAUAGAUCUUCAAUGUUUGUGUUUGGUGGUUACACUGGGGAUAUAUUGGCAAAUUCAAAUCUUACAAAUAAAAAUGAUCUUUUUGAAUACAAAUUUCAAAGUGCUCAAUGGGUUCAAUGGAAAUUUACUGGCCAAGAGCCAGUACCUCGUUCUGCACAUGGAGCAGCUGUUUAUGACGAUAAAUUAUGGAUAUUUGCCGGUUAUGAUGGUAAUGCGAGAUUAAAUGACAUGUGGACUAUAAAUCUAGUGGGUGAAAAUCAUCAAUGGGAAAGGAUAGAACAAAAAGGUGAAUGUCCACCGACCUGUUGUAACUUCCCCGUAGCUGUGGCCCGUGGGAAGAUGUUUGUUUUCAGCGGACAAAGCGGCGCUAAGAUCACCAAUGCACUAUUCCAAUUCGACUUCGAGACUCACACGUGGAGUCGUGUGUGUACUGAACACUUGCUAAGGAGUGCUGGGCCGGCUCCCGCCCGACGCUAUGGCCAUGUGAUGUUACACCACGCGAGACAUCUUUAUGUAUUCGGCGGCGCCGCUGAUAGUACUCUGCCCUCCGACUUGCACUGCUAUGAUCUUGACACUCAGAUGUGGUCCGUUGUACAUCCGGCUCCAGAUUCUCAAAUACCUUCCGGUCGGCUGUUCCACGCUGGUGCUGUGGUAGAAGACGCGAUGUACAUUUUCGGUGGUACAGUCGACAACAACGUUCGCAGCGGUGAUCUGUAUAGAUUUCAACUCUCCAAUUAUCCUCGUUGUACGUUGCACGACGAUUUCGGUCGUAUUCUUCGGUCGCAGCAGUUCUGCGAUGUGACGCUGCUCUUGGGUUUCGACCAGGUAGCUGUUUACGCACACCAAGCUAUGCUGGCCGCUCGUUCGCAAUACCUACGGAUCAAGAUAAAGGAAGCCAAAGAGGAAUUAUCGAAACGUAUAGCCGCUGGUGAAGAAGAGGCUGCCGAGGAGUUCUCAUACAAAUCAACUCCUCAGCUGACUGUGAAGUUACCAGAAGCUACUCCCGAAGCUUUCAGGAUGGUACUGAACUAUAUUUACACGGACAGAAUCGACCCCACAGAAAAGGACGAGAACCCGGCUUCGCCCGCUACCAUCUUGCUGGUGAUGGAAGUGUUAAGACUUGCUCUGCGUCUGAACAUACCGCGUCUAAGAGGUCUCUGCGCUCGUUUCCUUCGAGCGAAUCUCUGCUAUUCCAACGUCCUACAAGCGUUACACGCGGCUCACCACGCUAACUUGAUCUGCAUCAAGGAAUACUGCCUCAGAUUCGUGGUGAAGGAGUACAACUUCACAGCUAUCGUGAUGUCUUCGGAGUUCGAGCAGAUGGAUCAACGACUUAUGGUUGAAGUUAUAAGACGAAGACAGCAGCCAUUACAUAAACUGACUGCCAAUAACGAGCAUGAGGAGGAGGUCGUCGGUACAACAUUGGAACAGGAUAUGUCUGUGUUAGUCAGCGGAGGCGGACACGAACUUGCUGAUGUCAAGCUGAGGGUCGGCAGUGCUAUGAGACCAGCGCAUAGAUCAAUACUGGCCGCCAGGGCUUCCUACUUUGAAGCCAUGUUCAGAUCUUUUUCGCCACAAGAUAAUGUGGUUAACAUCCAAAUAUGUGAUACGGUACCCUCAGAGGAAGCGUUCGAUUCACUACUAAGGUACAUCUACUACGGCGAUACUAACAUGCCCACAGAAGAUUCACUCUAUCUAUUCCAAGCGCCGAUAUACUACGGUUUCACAAACAACAGACUUCAAGUCUUCUGCAAACAUAAUCUGCAAAGCAAUGUGACUCCCGAAAAUGUAGUCGCCAUCUUACAAGCGGCGGACAGAAUGAGAGCAGCCGAUAUUAAGGAAUACGCUCUAAAAAUGAUCGUACAUCACUUCCAACAGGUGGCCCGUCAGGAGGUUAUCAAGAAUUUAGCUCAGCCCCUACUAGUGGACAUUAUCUGGGCUCUGGCCGAGGAGCCUAGGGCUGACACACCGCUGCCCCUACAACCACGAUCGCUUCCAUCAUCAUCGUCAGCAGACACACUCACUGACGACCCUGAUUAUAUCAAGCACAAAAACAAUAAAUGA